AUGCGUGAGGCCACUGCAAACCUAGCCAUACCUUUCGCCAUCCCCCUUUGUCGCUUGCGCAACAUCCAUCUCACAUGUGCGCCACUCGCCACGCAUGCUCAAUUUGCUGAUCUUAAAGCACCUUCCUCUGCGCUUCCCUUUCCUCCCCUCAAUAAUUACCGACACUCUGCCUGCCUGGCUUCUUCUCUCUUUCCCCCCUCCGGUAGCUGUGUUGAUCCAAGACGGAAAAACGAUUUCACGAUGGCGAUGGAGGAAUCGUGGCCGUCCAUGAUAUGGAGCUCCGUCCGCAGUUGGUUCACCCCAACCGUUCUGUUCCUCCUCAUCAACCUCGUCAUCGGCACCAUCGUGCUCACCUCCAGCCGCCGCCGCCGAAGCCAUCGCCGCCCACACGAGGACGAAACAGCCGUUGCGCCUCACGAACUCCCGCCUCUCGUUCGUGGCCCCUCCGCCGCCCUCGAGCGACUGCGCUCGCUGGGCCUCCACCGUUUCCGCUCCGGCGAGUUCCCCUUUGACACGGUGGCGCCCAUCCCCGAGUCGGCCCUCCCGCAGCCGCUCGCCCGCGGGCCCUCCGCGCUCCUCGACCGUCUCCGGUCGAUCGGACUCAACCGCUUCCGCUCGGGUGAGAUCCCUUUCGAUGCAUUACCCAUCCCCGAGUCCGAUCCGCCUCCGGCGCAGACGACGGAUUGUAUUACGGUGCGAGACGACGACGAUAACGUCCCCGAUCGCAAAAGUCGCCACUACGAGCGGAUUCGGUCGGACUCUGCAGGGAAAGAAGAAGCCGCUGGGACAAAGCUGGCGGAACGGAUGAAGAAAUCUGCGAGCGCCAGCUCGGCGUUCGGUCGAUUCGAGGAGGCCGAGAUCGUUCGACGGCCAGCGGCCUCGAAGGGCGGGCGGGGCUCGGCGGUGGCGGAGGAAGAGGUGGAGGUAGAUGCGAGGGCGGACGAUUUCAUUAACCGGUUCCGGCAACAGCUCCAACUGCAACGGCUGGAUUCCAUCAUGAGGUACAAGGAUAUGCUCAAUCGUAGCAAAUGAAAUGAAAUGAAAAUAUGAAAUGACUCCAGAGAAAACGGUGGAAACCUUGUUCUUUUCAAUUUUAAUUUAAUCAAAUAAUAAAACCAUGUUCCCAAACUCAGGACCCUAUAUUUUGAUUUUGUAAUUGAAAUUUUUAUUUUUUAUGAAAUUGUAAUUGAGAUUAUUAUUCGCUAA